AUGGGGCAGAGCUCCUACGGCCAGGCCUCGUCCUACCCGGGGUACUCCCAACCUCCUGCUGCCUCCUCGGCCUCUGGAAGCUAUGGCAGCAGCUCCGGGAGCUCGAGCUACGGGCAGCCCCCGAGCGGGGGGUACAGCCAACAGCAGAGCUACAGCGGGGGCCAGCAGAGCUACAGCCAACAGUCGUCCUACAACCCCCCUCCCAGCUACAGCCAGCAGGGCCAGUACAGCUCCGGGGCCUCCAAUUCCUAUGGGCAGGACCCCCCGUCCAUGAGCUCUGGGGGGUACCAGGAGCCGGGGGGCUACGGCCCCGGGGCGCAGCCCGAGCGCAGCGGCCGCGGCAGGGGCGGAUACGGCCGGGGGGGCGGCUACGACCGCGGGGGCCGCGGGAGCCGCGGGGGCCGCGGAGCCAACAUGGGCGGUGGUGAGCGUGGUGGCUUCAAUAAAUUCGGUGGCCCCCGGGACCAGGGACCUCGGCACGACCCCGGCGAGCAGGACAACUCGGACAACAACACGAUCUUCGUGCAGGGGCUGGGCGAGAACGUCACCAUCGAGUCCGUGGCUGAUUACUUCAAACAGAUCGGCAUCAUCAAGACCAACAAGAAGACGGGGCAGCCGAUGAUCAACCUGUACACGGACCGCGAGACCGGCAAGCUCAAGGGCGAGGCCACCGUGUCCUUCGACGACCCGCCCUCGGCCAAGGCCGCCAUCGACUGGUUCGACGGGAAGGAGUUUUCGGGGAACCCCAUCAAGGUUUCGUUCGCCACUCGCCGCGCCGACUUCACGCGGGGCGGGGGCGGCCGCGGGCGCGGCCGGGGGGGGCCCAUGGGACGAGGAGGAUUCGGAGGAGGCAGCGGCGGCUCCGGAGGGGGAAGAGGGGGCUUCAACAGCGGGGGAGGGGGACAGCAAAGAGCCGGGGACUGGAAAUGUCCCAACCCGGCGUGCGAGAACAUGAACUUCUCGUGGCGCAACGAGUGCAACCAGUGCAAGGCCCCCAAGCCCGAGGGGCCCCCCGGAGCCCCCCACAUGGGCGGGGGGGGAGGGGCAAAGUACCCCGGAGGAGGCGGCAGAGGCGGCGGCAACCACAUGGGUAAGGGGGGCUACCAAAAAUGGGGAGGGGGCUACUGA